AUGCAAAUCAUGCCUGAGACGGGUAGCGGUUUCGAUGGGGUAGAUUGGCUAGAGCACCAACAAAUGUGCCAAACCCUGCCGUCCAUGGAUGCCCAGAGCGCUGAAGGUAUAGAUGCACACCAUACACAUCAGUACUGUGCACCGUACCCUGAAAAUUGCCGUGAGCGUGCUCUGGCAGGACAUUGGGGACAAAACGGUCAUCUAAUAAGUACUCAUUCCCAGCACCAUGUAGGAUCCGAAGGAUACUCGGCUGAGCAACCGCCAAGCAGAGUAGUGAACCAGGACCCAGGAUCUUUCAGAGAGAAUGCUGUAUACUGCGUUAACGGACCCCACCACGGCCAUAGAACGAUGGAAAGUAGACAUACACCACUGAUGCCAGUGCAUAAUCGCACUUGCUAUCAAGACGAGAGUGCGCCAAAUGCUUACCAUGGUACACACAUCCAACCGGAGCUUUUCCAGCAAGCUCCAAACAACUUUUCAAACUCUGUACAUGAGACAGCAAACAACGCGUAUGCUCCCAAUUUUAACACUUUGUCACACCUCGGGGCCCAUGUCAUUGAUGAAGAUACCUGCGGGACGCCAAAAAGUUCAAGCAGUGAUCUUCAGUUUCAACAGUAUUAUGGUAAAGAACCAGAGAUAUCAAUCGAUCUCACACUGGACCAAGAACAAGGCAGCGUUUCCAUGCCCGAAUCUACCCCAGAGCCUUGGAAUGCAAUCGGCCUAAUGGAUGGCAGUCAGACCACCCGUUCCACAAGGCAAACGCAGACAGGGAUGAAUUGGAUGCCUUUGCAUGCUGCCCGUUCGAUGUCCGCUUACGGUGAUCCGAGCCCAGUCCCUUCGGUGCACAGUGGUUUCGAAACCUUUGUGUCAUCAGAAAGCCCUUACUUUCCCCAAUCCUCAGGGCCAGCAAACCAAACCGAUGUUUUUGAUUCUUACAGGUUUCCCUUGGGCAUCGACUAUACUUCUAGCUCGAGAACCAAUUUUCGAAAUCGAGAGCGGCUCGAAGCGGAGGGAGCUGCAAUGACACGAGGACAUCUUGAAAGAUACCCUCGUUCAGAUCCUGGUCGUUACCUAGGGCUUCCCGGCAAGAGACGAGCGUCUUCGGCAUCAUCCCAAAUCACUGAGGCUACCUCGUCUAGUGCUGUAUCCGGCCUUGAUCAAGGCGUCCUGAGAUGUGGUGUAAACAGAUGUGAAGCUACGUUUUCCGGUAGAUACGGGAAAGGCAACAGAGCGAGACACAAAAGAGACUACCAUGGAGGAAAGGAGCCCGUAAUUUGCGAGGAUAGCAACUGCGGGAAGGUCUUCAGACGAUCAGAUGCUCGGCUGAAGCACUAUAGGAGUCAUCAUCCUCAUCUCGUAGGCAGAAACACACUAGUGAUGCGGCUUGGAAGACGGAACCCAGCACCAGGAGGCCUGGAUGGUGAUGCGUAA